AUGGAAGCCUUAGGAAGUUGGGAUUACAUAGAAAUACCAGAAGACGAGGCUUUAGAAUUGGCUUUUAGUAAUAAUAAAGGAAUAGUAGAAAUCAUAGAAGAGGAAAAUGAGUAUAAUGAAGAACCUGAAGUUAGUGAUGAGUUUGAAGAUGAAAAUUAUGAAGAAAUAAAUAACAUUAUGGAAGGAGAAGAAUUAGAAAAUUCAGAAUCAGAUGACAAUGAGGAAGAUAAAAGCAAAAUGACAAUAGGUCAACUAAAAAGAGCUGAGUGCUUAUAUCUCAUGGCGGACGAUCAUGACCCUCAUUGUGUAGAGGACAUUGACGAUGAUGAGUAUGAGGACGAGUACGAGGAUGAGGACGAGGACGAUGAUGAACCUUAUGAUGUGAAUAAGGAGGAUGACUUGGGUGAGCCAGAGGAUCAGGCUCAAGAUAAGUUUGAGCGUAGGCUUGAAGAAUUUGAAAUUUCAGCUGAACGUGCACCGCUUAUUGAAAAUACAGCACGUGAGAUUGUUGGUGAGAACCCGACUCCUGAAACUCAUGGCCAAGGACAAGAUCAAAACAACACAGGUGGUGGAGGGGGGGAAAAGGCACCAGCUCAAAGAAAAAGAAGGGGUCCGACGAGAAUCUUUAAGAAACUGGACGGUCCCAUGGAACUUCAAGUGCAAAAUAAAAAGAAUGCAGAAAUGAAGGAAUACGUCCAUCGUAUGGGUCCUAAGACUUUUGGUGAAAAGAGACCUGAGUGGGUCAGUUCGAGUUUAUACCCUAAAGUGCUUCUAGUGGCAUCGAAGGAACCCUCUAGUUCCACGAUCACUACAUUGCUUGAGCACACUCAAGAGCUGGUGGAGGGCAAAUUUGAACCAAGUGUGGAGAAUGACCCUUUCGCCAUGGCUUUGGGAAGGCCAUACCAUCCAGGACGAGUAGUAGGUUCGGGAGGGUCAUUGCUUGGAUGGAAAAAGGUGAUGGGUCAAGAAUACACAAAAUCGGGUAGAUCUCAAGCCAGUGUUAACUCACCGGGGGAGUUGGAUGCCAAGGUGGCAUCAAUUACGGAACAAGUACACAACGAGUUAGUUGGUGAAUUCAAUGCUUGGGAAAAGAAGAUGAACUUACCGACUUUGUCGUUCCUCACUAGUACCCUAGUUGACUCAUGUUCUCAACCAAAAGGACAAGGAGAAGGUGCAAUGAUUGAUGUACUGUUGCAAGUUCCUACUCCUACACAUGCAGACUCGAGGGAGCUUGAUAAUCCAACACCGCAUGAAUAUCCAGAGUUACAGGAAGACACCCGGUGUGCACUUCUAGCCCCGGGGCAUGCAAAUAGUACGGCAUUGAGUUGGGUGGCGUAUGGUAGUGCCUAA